GGACGUCAUCUGUGACGUAACCAGGAAGGAGAAAAUCACUUUAGCCGUAGCUUUUCAACCUACAGGGAGCUUAGCCCUAAAUGCUAAAGCAAAAACAAAUCCUUUACCUGCUGUCACAGCGGUCUCGAUGGUAAUCGUUCAGCAGGCGUGCCAAUAAGUUUUGCUGUGGAGAAAUGUCUUGUAGAGCAGGAUCCUGGAUGUUUGCUGCAGCCGCAGUGAUCGUGUGUCUGCUGGAUGUUUUUGCAGAAGCGAAGAACUUUGAGGAUGUCCGCUGCAAGUGCAUCUGCCCACCAUACAGGAAUAUCUCUGGAAACAUCUAUAAUAUAAAUGUCACCCAGAAAGAUUGCAACUGCCUCCAUGUGGUGGAUCCCAUGCCAGUUCCUGGCCAUGAUGUGGAAGCAUAUUGUCUGUUGUGUGAGUGCAAAUAUGAGGAGCGAAGCAGCAACACCAUAAAGGUGACCAUCAUCAUCUACCUGUCUGUCGUUGGGGCUCUUCUUCUCUAUAUGCUGUUCCUGCUGCUGGUUGACCCUCUUAUCCGCAAACACGACCCCUACACUCAGCCUCUGCACAAUGAGGAAGACUCUGAGGAGAUGCGUCCUCGUGCAGACGCCGGGUCGGCCAGAGGAAACACGGUGCUAGAGCGAGUCGAAGGUGCACAACAGCGCUGGAAGAAGCAGGUGCAGGAACAGCGCAAGACUGUUUUUGACCGCCACAAGCUGCUGAGUUAAACCUCUCUGCUUCAUCCAUCUCCAGCGUAAAGAAAUGGUCCCGGACUCAGUACUAUUACACCCUCACCAGCUGCACUAUUUCAAACCUAGCUUGUGUUGAUGUGCAAUGCAAUGACUAUAACAUAAAAACUAGACAAGCUAAUCUAACAAGCAGAUUUAUUAUCUUGUAAUUUGUGAUAUGAUCACUGUAACAAAACUAUGGCUCAACUUUGAAAAACAUGCUUUGCACAUUCUCUUCAGUUAUUUUGAGCUGCUGCAAAGCAUGAGAUUUGCAAUGCCUUUCUAAAAUAAUUUUAAGGUUUUCGGUUAUUUCUAUGAAUAGAUUUCCUUUU